UGUAAUUCUCCUUCUAACUACUAAACUAAUGAUUAUGUCUUCACUUACAGCUACAAGUGAUUUUUGACCUUUUCUUCUGCCUCUCACUCUCUCCACCAUGAAAGAAUAUGAGAAGAAGAAGAAGAAGAUGUCGAUAAAAAACAGUAACUUUGGCUCAAAACACCAGAAACCCAUCUUAAAUCACAUCAUUCCAGAUAAAUUUCUAAUCUUUCUCUCAUUAUCAUCAAUAUCCAUUUCUUGUUAUGCUCUACAAAAGCCACCUCCACUUCCAAUUUUACCACUUCCUUCAGCACCUCAACUUCAAUGGCAACUCACGUCAAUGGCACUAUUUCUUCACUUUGGAACCAAUACUUUCACUGACUCUGAAUGGGGUAGCGGCAGAGCUGAUCCUUCUAUAUUUAAUCCUACUCAAUUCAAUGCAGCACAGUGGGUUCAAGUGGCUAAAGACUCUGGCUUCAGUCGUCUGAUACUUACUGCAAAACAUCAUGAUGGGUUUUGUUUAUGGCCUAGUAAUUAUACUGAUUAUUCUGUGAAGUCAAGUUCUUGGAGGAAUGGAACUGGGGAUGUUGUCAAAGAACUUGCUUUGGCUGCUAAAGAAGCUGGUAUUGAUCUAGGGUUUUAUCUUUCUCCUUGGGAUAGGCAUGAGGCUUCUUACGGAAAGAGUUUGGAGUAUAACGAGUACUAUAUGGGCCAAAUGACUGAAUUGUUGACCAGGUAUGGAGAGAUCAAGGAGGUAUGGUUGGAUGGUGCAAAAGGGGAGGGAGAGAAGGAUAUGGAAUACUUUUUUGAUAGAUGGUUCGGUCUCAUCCGUCAAUUACAACCUGGUGCUGUCAUAUUUUCUGACGCUGGUCCUGAUACAAGGUGGAUUGGGGAUGAGAAUGGAGCUGCUGGGUCUACAUGCUGGUCUCUUUUCAACCGGAGUGCUGUCAAGAUUGGAGGUGCUGAUCCAAAAUACUCACAGCGAGGAGACCCAUCAGGUCAUGAUUGGGUGCCUGCUGAAUGUGAUGUCUCAAUCAGACCUGGUUGGUUUUGGCAUGCAUCUGAAACCCCAAAGUCUGCAAUGAAGCUUCUUGAAAUAUACUACAACUCGGCAGGCAGAAACUGUCUAUUAUUACUGAAUGUGCCCCCAAACGCUUCAGGUCUUAUAUCAGCUGAAGACAUACAAGUGCUACAAGAAUUUGCUCAGCUUCGGAGGUCUAUAUUUUCUUAUAAUAUAGCCAAGAAUAAGAUUGCCCUUCUUAGUGCCAGCAGUACACGAGGCGGCAAUGGCAAUUCACAGUUUGACCCCUACAAUGUCCUUAAAGAAGGUAUCUACACCUAUUGGGCCCCUGAGGAGAAUCAGUAUAACUGGGAGUUACAUUUAGAACUUCAAGAAUUGGUAGCAUUCAAUGUUUUGCAAGUUCAAGAGCCAAUUCACAUGGGACAACGGAUUAUUGAGUUCCAUGUUGAGAUUCUAGAAGAUGGGGAAUGGAAGAAAGUGAUAAAUGGCACUACAGUUGGAUAUCAGCGGCUACUGCAAUUUCCCACUGCAGUAUCUCAGCAUAUUAAGUUUGUUGUAGACAAGAGUCGUGAAGAUCCACUCAUUUCUUAUUUGGGAAUUUAUAUGGAUCAAUUUUCCAUUGUGAGUAAUAAAUUCGGUAAUAAUUGCUCGCAGACACACUCGAUCAGCAGUCAAGUACUACGACAGCAAAAUAGCAAACUGAACAUAACCAUUGCUUCAAUGGCAGUCAAGUACUUUAGCAAACUACACAAAAUCAUUCUCAACCUGCUGCAAAAUAAUGUGUGAGUAUUUCAAUUGUAUUGUUGUGAAACUGAAUGUUCAAAAUCCUCCCAAUUCAUUGUGACAAUGUGUCUUCCAUGAAAUAUCACAAAUCACACACUUAUUUUUA